AUGCAGACGAAUUGCCGGUUGAGAAUUGCGAGGCACGCAACUUAAACUUGAUGCUAGUUUUGCACGUGAAUUUCCGUUCACGUUCGUAAGUCAUUUGAAGGAAAAGUAAAACUACUUCGCGAUGAUGAUUUCACAGACGACUCGACUCCUCCUCCUUCCUUUACGGAAACAGCUUACUUGCACGGUUCGUGCAUCAGCAGUAGUGAUCCCAGUAAAAUCGUAUCACACUCCAGCGUUUUCAUCCAUUUUCAUCAGCCAGAGCAGAGUAUCAAAGCUUAUCGUCAAAGAUUUCAAUGUGAAAUUUUGUAGUUCAAGGCAGCUGAGCCUUUCGUCUUAUUCAAGGAAUGGGGCACCACUGGGAGGAAUUUCAUCUGCAGCCGCAGUAACAACCACCAACUCUUCAGAAUUCAUUGAUAUACCUGCUCCUCCAGUGCCAACAUCAACAACAUUAGAGACACUGUCAGAUGCAGUUUCCUCAAGCAGUUUAGCAGAGCCCGCUUUUACAGAAAUCGGGUUGGGAGGAAUGUCCCCAAGUGGUCUGAUCCAGAGUAUUUUGGAAUGGUUACAUAUUGGUGUGGACCUCCCUUGGUGGGGUUGCAUUGCCAUAGGAGUCUUUACUGUCCGUACACUCAUGUUUCCCCUGGUAAUUAAAGCCCAGAGAAAUGCAGCCAAAAUGACAAACAACAUGCCACAACUGCAAGUCCUUCAGCAAAAAAUGACUGAUGCCAGACAGGCAGGAAAUGCCAUGGAAGCUGCACGGAUGGGUUAUGAAAUCCAAAGUUUUAUGAAAGAGAAAGGACUCAAUCCCUUAAAAAAUCUAAUGGUGCCUCUUAUUCAGGCACCAGUAUUUAUGAGUUUUUUCUUUGCCUUAAAAGGCAUGGCCAAUGCUCCAGUAGAGAGCAUGCAGUACGGAGGAUUGUUUUGGUUUUCCGAUCUUACAGUCUGUGAUCCUUAUUACAUACUCCCUAUGCUAACUAGCGUUACAGUGUGGGCUACAAUGGAGUUGGGAGCGGAUUCCGCCAAACUCUCGUCUCAAGGCUUUCCCCUGUUAAUUUAUUUCUUCCGAGCCAUCCCAUUCAUCAUGUUCCCCAUCACGAUGAAUUUCUCAGGAGCUAUUCUGUGCUAUUGGUUGACGACUAAUGUCAUUUCACUCGUUCAAGUCGGUUUCCUUCGCCUUCCCAAAGUCCGAAGCUAUUUCGAUAUCGAUCCGAUAGUUGUUGUUCAGCCAGUUAAAGGUGCUGGACCCAAAAAAGGAUUCGUGGAGGGAAUGAAAGAAGCUUGGAAUAAUCAGAAAAUCACCGCCGAACUUAACGAUCGCCAGCGUCUUAUUGAUUCAAAUUUCAGACGUGCGGGUACUGGUCCAAUUCAGAAAACUUAUUCCUACAAUCCAACAGCAGCACCGAAAGCACAGGAACUAGUCCAGAAAGGUUUCAAACAAACGAAGAAAUCCGUGUAGUUUGAAUUGUUUGAACGAAACAAUAUUUAGCUAUUGAACUUGUUUAUAGUAGACUCUUUGCAAUACAACACAUUCGCAACCCGGUAGCGAAUGAAUGACCAUCAAAUAAAAACAUUUUAGUUUUGUUAAUGCCCUGAUCAAAUCCAAAUGGACAACUUCAACUGGUAGGAAAAAAUGUAUUUCUAUUUUUAUGUCCAUCAACCGAAGGAUUCACCUGUGAAAAUAAAGUAGGUACAUCCAAGGAUAAGAUAAUAAUGUCGUUUUGAUCAAGUGAAAAGUGAAAGCAAGUUAUUUAAGUAUUGGUUUCAUUUGCUACUGUAUUGGUAAAAGAUUUGUAAGAAUGUAGAUUUAUAUUUGUAAAGAAUUUAUUGGAAUUCUAUUGUCGCGUACUGUUCUAUUGUAUUAAUAUUAUUAAAAAUACCGGACAGUAGAACUCCAAUAAAUUCUUUAAUUAUUUUCAUGCCCGACAAUAGAACUCCAUUGAAUUUUAAAUAUCUCAAAUGUCCGACAAUCCAUCCACCCUUUAUUCCUUUCCGUUCAGUCAAACAUGGAAAUCGUGGAGGAAUCUUUUAGCUCCGUCAGUAGGUGGCUAAAAUCAAAUUUGUCCCCCAGCCGCCAGGUGGCGCGAGUGUCGCCGAGAGCAGAGGACGAAACACGAAAGUGAAACGCCAAGUGAAAAGGUGUUCCAAAUUCGUUGCGGAAUUGCGGCGUCGAUCUAAAUUUUCAGCAUUGAAAUUUAAUGGGCAAUCUGGCGUAUUAUUUCCACUUGGUUGAUGGCAGGGGAACAAUCGAUCACGUGGGCUGAAAGUCUGAAACUGCUUUCCAUUUUGCCAAAACGUCGUCCUUUGUUAGCUGUACGGAAGUACGUCUCAUCUCACGCAGAAUCACUACAGAGUUGGUGUUCAGGUUGGAAAUCCCGUUGCUUAACUGUUGCAGAAUGUCAGACCCCGACAACAGCUGAGUAUGGCUGGAUCAUUGCAGUGGUUUUGUUGCAGCCAGCUGGUGAAAGGUGUGAUCGAGUCAAGUUGAGCUGCUGCAUGCAGUUUAUCGAGCUGGUGUUAUCCUGAAGUGUCAUUGCAGGAAGACUUUUGGAAUGGACUUGGUGAUACUUACACUAUGCCUGUGCUGUUCAAUGUGCAGUGGUUUUGCAGCCUGUUUCCAGUUGAGAGAUGUGAUUAUGCAGCAGAUACAGGAUUACAGAAAAAGAACUGAAGUAGCUGUGCUGGAGUUCACCUGAAAUUGCUGUGCCACAAGUGUUGCAGAUAGUGUUUUGUUCCUCAUAGAAGUUUAUUUAAAGAGUCUGGAGAUGAUCAGCUACUUCUGCCUUUUAAUUAUGUAAAACUUCAAAGUUGUAAGAAAUAUACAAGUCGAGUGCUAAA